GCUCGCUUGCGUCGACUAUUCCGGCACUGGGCGGAGCGGAAGCGGCGGGGCGGGACGGGGAGAGCUAUGGCUGCGGCCGGGGAGAAAGGCUGUGAGCACUACCGGCGCGGCUGCCUUCUGCGGGCGCCGUGCUGCGGGAAGCUGUACGCCUGCCGGCUGUGCCACGACGGCGCCGAGGAGCACCGGCUAGACCGCUUCCGUGUGGCCGAGGUGAAGUGCACCCGCUGCCGCCUCCUGCAGAAGGCCCAGCAGCGCUGCGAGGGCUGCGACAACCUCUUCGGCGAGUACUACUGCGGGAUCUGCCACCUCUUCGACAGCGACAAGAAGCAGUACCACUGCCCCGAGUGUGGAAUCUGCAGGAUCGGGCCAAAGGAGGAUUUUUUCCACUGUUCAAAGUGCAAUUUAUGCCUGAGCUUGAGCCUUCGAGGAAAGCACAAGUGCAUUGAAAAUGUCUCCAGGCAGGACUGUCCGAUAUGUUUGGAGGAUAUUCACACAUCUCGUGUUGGAGCGCAUGUGUUGCCUUGUGGUCACCUUCUGCACAGAACAUGUUAUGAGGACAUGCUGAAGGAAGGUUACAGGUGUCCUUUGUGCAUGCACUCUGCUUUAGAUAUGACAAGGUACUGGCGCCAGCUGGAUGACGAAGUAGCGCAUACUCCUAUGCCCACAGAAUAUCAGAACGUGAUGGUGGAGAUCCUUUGCAAUGACUGCAGCGCCCGCUCCACAGUACAGUUCCAUGUCUUAGGCAUGAAAUGCAAAAACUGUGAGUCGUACAAUACCACCCAGUAUGGAAGAUGCAGCCUUUCUUUGGAGGAGCAGUGACCAAGACAGGCUCUGGACAAGGAACACUCCACCUUGGAAGAGACUAUUUAAAGAAAAAAACCUAAUUAAUAAACAAAUAACCUAUUUGUCAGUAAAAAUUUAUUCCAGAUC